CAAGAAAAUUACAUUUACUGAAAUCAUUUUCAAGAUCGAGGCUGGGUUAUCUCAUUACACAAAGCAAUCUACAUCGCCCAAUGGGCAAUCCCUCCAAGGACGUCCUUACCAUUAGUUUGGCGACACCGAUCUUAUCACCAAGAUAUAAGUUGGUUUAAUAUAAAAGCUGAUUUCUUCGACCGCAAUCAGCGGUAAUCUAAAAGACAAGGUCACAUCCUUAUCUGUAGAAUGCUUGAAUCGAUUGAUAAGCUUUUGCCUAUCAGUAUACGCUCCCGAAUUUAGAUCACAUCAACGCUUGUUUAACUCUUGUCUGCCUUUAAACAACUUUAGGAUCAGCAGUGAGAGAUGUAUUGUAUUUUAGCAUUGGUAAUAAUAGGCGCGGCGUCCGCCCUGGAAUGCGGCCCGGAAACAUGUGCCGUUGUCGGCCUGUCUCUCCCGUUAAACUGUAAGGGGACGGUGAUUAAGAAUGGAGGAUUCUGUGGCUGCUACGAUGUUUGUGCUAAGCAAGCUGGCGAAUCGUGCCAAGCAAGACCGGGACUUGACGGACGUUCGACGUACGGCACGUGCGAGCCAGGCCUAAUAUGUGUCCCCCACGGCGAGAUGGUCAGUCUAGGGUAUGGUCGGUGUCACAUUCCUCGGACACCUCGUUUCCUGAAUACCCUGAUGAGCCACAACACGCCUUGUGAACAACAGAGGAGGGCUCGUCUGAUGUCAAUGGCGGUUUGGCGGGGACAGUGGGUACCCGUAUGUGAUUCCCAGGGAAACUACGUCCCUCAUCAGUGUGACAAUAUAGGUCAAUGCUUUUGUGUGGAGACUCAUAGUGGGAAAAUGCUCACUGCCAAGUCUUUAGGAGCUGUGGAUUGUACUGGUCGACCGGAAGCCCCACAGGAGGUCGCAAGCACAACGACACCAACUAAGGCACCCGCUGUUCGACUGUUAGAUAUUAAACUUUUCUUGCGAGCAGGAAAAGAAAAUUCGUCUGAUGUCGACGGCGGUUUGGCAGGGACAGUGGGUACCCGUAUGUGAUUCUCAGGGAAAUUACAUCCCUCACCAGUGUGACAAUAUAGGGCAGUGCUUCUGUGUUGACACGACAUGGGGAACUUUUCUCACGGUGAAGUCUAGUGAGCCAGUCGACUGUACAACCAAUCAACGUUAAGAAAGUCUAAUGGAGUUAACCGGAAAACAGUUGUCGCCACUAUCACCAGUUUACAUCUGAUGAAUUAAAGACAUUCAAUGUAAUUCUG